UGCACGCGCGCGCAUAGAAUCUCAUCACGAAGAUGAAAUACAUUCGUCCUUCAUCAUUAGGAACACUCGAGUCCGUUUCUUUUUUGCUAAAUUUCUUAAAAUAACGACCAAAUCAAUCUCAGCGCACUGUUGGGAGCAAGGUGUAUGCCUUCGGAACGAUGGCUGUACAAAGCAAGAAGCAUUCGUCUCCAAACAUAACCUAGAAAUAUCGUAAACCAAAAGUGUCCGACCCAACGCCAGCUCGGCUCCCGUUUGGCGGGAAUGGGCGGUUUUCCCACGCGGAUUCGUCGGCCUGUCCCCACCGCCGUUAGCCCCAUCACGGACCCGAUCGGCUACAUCUGCUCCUGUAUCCUCAAACGGGAUUAUAGACGGUGUAAGAGGUUUCUCAAGAAAGGCACUUGGAUGAAGGUGCUACAGCAGCAAGUAGAGCGUGCCCGCAGCGGCGAGUCGACAGAUCUUCGGAUCAUGGACCUCCCUUUGCACCUCAUGUUCGCCGUCAGCCAGAAUGGCUUGUAUGAUCGCACCUUCCUCAGAUUUCUGCGGCUCCUGCUUGAUUAUGGCUACGACCCUGAUAUCGCAGACGAGAAGGGCGUGGUUGCACUGCACACUGCCCUCAUGAGGGUCAACUUCUUCAGUGCGCUGGCCUCGGUGCGACUGCUCAGAAGGAGGGAGGUGUACACAACAAAAUUUGUGUUAGCGCUGUGCCAAGCUGGUGCCAAUGUGAACGUCCACGAGGACCGAGCUGAUAGGACCCCCCUUCACCUUGCAGCCAAGUGCAACCUAGCCCACUGUGUGGAGAUUCUGCUUGACUUUGGUGCUCUGAUUGAGGCACGGGACGCUGAGGGUAAGACAGCACUGUGUCUAGCAGCAGAAUCUGCCGCUCUGGAGUCUGUUAGAUGCUUGUUGGACAAGGGAGCUUGUGUGAUCGUGCGCAGCCUCCGCGGGCAAACGCCUUUACAUCGUGCCGUGGAUGCCCUGCCGACUGCCAAUGCGGAGAGGUGUGUCCAGAUGCUUCUUGCUGAGGGGGCCGAUCCAGAUUCCCAAGACAUCAACGGGAACACACCCUUGCAUCUAGCUGCCCGCAGCCGAGCAGAAGGCUCCAUCAUACACCAGCUCCUCCUGUUUGAAGCCGAUGCCUCCAUCCUCAAUGUUCUUCACCACUCCGCACUCUACGAGUACCUGAUUGCUUACAGUUUGCCGGAGCCACACGAGCUGGCCUCCCAACUAACCCUUGAGCAUCUGGGGACCUACCCCGGCUUCCUUGCCCUACUCGAGUGCACUCCAAGAUCCCCACGGAUGAUCCGCAACAAGGAAGGCAGAAUCCUACCCAUGCUCACCGAGGCCCGCCUGAAACCCCUCUUGGAGCAGUUUGACGUCCCUGACGAACCUCAAUCACUCCAGAAUCUUUGCUGUUGGACCAUCAGACAAGCAGUGGGUGUCGCCCCGCUGGUGUACUUUAAGGACAUGGCCAAGUAUCUCUGGCUUCCCAAACGUCUGGAGGAGUUUGUGAUUAGUGAGAGGUACCGCCAGAACAUGAAGGCUCCGGGAUUAGUGUUACGGGUCAAAGUUAUAACCUAGAUCAAUAUUGAGAUACCCCAAGAUGAUACAAAUUAUGCAAGUGUUAUGCAAGUACAACAUGUAAUUUCCAAAUGAGAUGAGGGAUUUUGAUGUUUGUAUGCAUACACAUGUAUUUUAAUGAAAUAAGGAUAUACUUAGACAUCGUAAAUAAUGUAAGCAAUAAUAAAAUUUAAAAGAUGCAAAAUCAUAAGAAAUCUAUCAAAAUAAAAAGUCUAGCAAAAAUUCGAACCAGAAAUUCGUGACCAAUGUAAAUUUCCAGAUCAAGUGUAAAAUCAGAACCUGUAUUUUCCAGGGUAUUUUUACAGCGACAAUUUUAAUUCUAAAGUUCUACUGUCGGUUGAAUACAUUUCUUGGUCAUGAUAUGUUAACCAAGGCCUUUUUGGAAAGCAGCAGAGGCGAUGAGCAUUCAUUUAAGGUACAAAGUUUGUACCUACUAAUAUUACAAUGUAAUCAAGAAUCAUGACCUAACAAUGAAACAUUUCUCAUUUAACGAAUACACUGCUUUACAAGACGCUUUUAAUAAAGCCCCAAUUCCCACAACAUCCAUUGUGAUAUUGCAGUAUAGUAUAAAUGAAGUGUGCCAGGUUAACCUAUUUUAUGCCAGGGCAAAAUAAAAAAUAGUUUUAAUCGA